AUGAUCGCCAGAGGUGAGUUGACGGAUUACCUCAAGACAAAGGAGCAUGCAAAGCCCUGCGAGGUCUAUCCCCAUAAGGUAGAAGUUACGCAAGUAAAAGUUAUCCAUGCAAUACAUGGCAGGUCUGAAGAUGAUCAAGAGUCCGAGGAGGUGUACAGGUCCAGAUUGAGGGUGACCCACAAGCUCAGGAAAAUAUCCUCAGUCAAUGCUAUCAAUUCUGGUAGCAUUAGUAUUAGAUUCGGAGAUGGCGACCUACCCAGAGUGCAACUCCCCCACAAGGAUCCAUUGGUCAUCAGUCUUUUAGUGGCCAAUUGUAUGAUCAGAAGGGUUUUGGUAGAUCCAGGAAGAAGCGCUAACAUAAUCACAAAGAUGGUCUUUGAUCAGUUAGAGAUCACGUCAUCAUCUAUUUGA